AUGGCGGCCGCGGUGGGCGUGAGCAUGCUGCCCGGCAGCCCCGGCCCCAUGGACGAGCUGGGGCACGGCAGCCACGUGGCGGGCAUCGUGGGCGCGGCAGGGUCCAACGCCCUCCUCGUCUCCGGCGUGGUCUGGGGCAACGUCGACCUCCUGGCCUGCCGCUUCAUCGACGGCGACGGGCUGGGCCGCACCUCCGCCGCCGUGGACUGCGUCAACUACUGCCUGGCCCAGGGGGCGCGCGUGAUCCAGGCCUCCUGGGGCGGCGCCGCCGCGCCCAACGCCGCCAUGCAGGCCGCCAUGGAGGCCGCGGAGGCCGCCGACGCGCUGAUCGUGGUGUCGGCAGGGAACGAUGACCGCGACCUGGACGCCGAGCCGCAGUACCCCGCCAGCUAUGCCGCGGAGCGCGCCAACGUCCUGGCGGUGGCAGCCGUGGGGCGUGCCGGCGCGCUCUCCUCCUUCUCCAACCGUGGCGCGGGCACCGUGGCGCUGGCGGCGCCGGGCGAGGCCAUCCUCAGCACGCUUCCGGGGAACGCCACGGGCCGCCUGCUGUUGGAAAGCGCGGAGCCCACGGCCCAGCUCCGGGGUAAGGUGGGGGCUGGGCUGCUGCGCCUGGACCGGGUGGUCGCUGCCGCCGCCGCCCUGGCAGCCGCACCCACCACGGCACCCUGA